AUGUUGGUGACGGAUUGUGCACCUCAGACAAAGGUGCUUGCAGUCCUCAUCCUCUGUUGUAUCUGCAUGCUAACAGUUGCUAGCAAAUACCCGAAAAGCCUUCCCUGUGAUGUUAUUGAAGAAAGGAACAAGAGCAGGGUCAUGGUAGACUGUACUGAGAGGGGGCUCACACACGUUCCUAAAGAAAUCCCUAGGAAGGCAACCAACUUGACCCUCACAAUUAACCACAUCCCCCGGGUCCAGCCAAACUCCUUCCAGGGAUUGGAAAACCUCACAGAGAUUGAUAUGCGCUGCAACUGUGUUCCCAUCAAGAUUGGGCCCAAGGAUCGUGUGUGCUCCCAGAGUGUUACGAUAGAAAAUGGGACUUUUUGGGAGCUGAAAAAACUCAAGGCUCUUUAUCUGGAUGGGAAUCAGCUCUCAAGUAUCCCUAGAGGUCUCCCUCCGAGCCUCUCUCUGCUCAGCCUUGAGGUAAACCACAUCCAUUCCAUUUUCAAGGAGAACCUCUCAGAACUGACCAGCAUAGAGGUUCUUUAUUUUGGGCAAAAUUGCUACUACCGAAAUCCUUGUAACAGAUCCUACCAUAUUGAAGAUGGAGCUUUCUUCCACCUUAAGAAGUUAACUCUGUUAUCACUCAAAUCCAACAAUUUGUCUUACAUUCCCCACAAUUUACCUUCAACUUUAAAGGAAUUGUAUCUUUAUAAUAAUAACAUCCACAUUGUAACUGAGAAAGAUUUCCAAAAUCUCACACAGCUGGAGAUACUUGAUCUAAGUGGAAACUGUCCACGUUGCCAAAAUGCCCCUUUCCCAUGUGAUCCCUGUCCUAACUUCUCUUCUCUCAAUAUUGAUCAAUAUGCCUUUCGAAGUCUGAGGAAACUAAAGAUUUUGCGCCUACACAGCAACUCCCUCCAGUCUGUGCCUUCACAGUGGUUUGAAGGUAUAGAUGGACUAGAAGUAUUAGACCUCUCAAGCAAUUUUUUGGCUAAACACAUAGCAGUUGCCACCUUUCCCACAAAUCUACUAAGCCUGCAGGAAUUGGACUUGUCCUUUAACUACGAGAUGAUGAAAUAUCCAAACUCACUCAGCCUCAGUAAGGCAUUUUCCAAUUUGAAAUCAUUGAAGGUUUUCAGGAUCAAAGGGUUUGUUUUCCAGGAACUUAAACGGGAGGACCUUGACCCUUUAUUUGAUCUCCAGCAUCUUGAAAUAAUAGACUUGGGUACUAACUUUAUUAAAAUUGCUAACCUUAACAUAUUGUCUGAACUUAAGAGCUUUCAUAUUAUAAACCUUUCAGACAACAAAAUAUCUAGUCCUUCAUCUGCCUCUGAUGGUGACCAUGUAGCAGUUGCUGUAUCCUCGAUGCUCUCACAGGUCUCUCCCAUGGUAAAAACACCCCUGUAUUACAAUGGGGAAGUGAGAGAAAUACACUAUUUUCGGUAUGAUGAAUAUGCUCGCAGCUGCAAAUACAGGGAAAAAGAAGCCGGUUUGCUAAAUCCAUUUACUAAAAAACAGUGCGGCAAAUUCGGAAAAACACUGGAUAUCAGUCGGAACAAUAUAUUCUACCUAGAUCCCAAAUUUCUUAAUCUCAGUGAGCUCAGGUGCCUUAAUCUUUCAGGCAAUGCUAUGAGCCAGACUCUGAACGGUUCUGAAUUUAUAUACCUGACUAACCUGCAAUAUCUUGAUUUUUCAUACAAUCGGCUGGACUUGCUCUAUUCUACCGCAUUCCAGGAACUGAGAAACUUGGUUGUUUUAGACAUUAGUUAUAAUUAUCAUUAUUUUGAUUCUGAGGGUGUAACUCAUAUGCUGAAUUUCACAAAAAACUUACCAAAGUUAAGGAUACUCCUAAUGAAUCACAAUAAAAUUUCCACCUCUACUAACACAGAGAUGGUGAGCCAUUCCCUUGAGCGUCUUGAGUUUAAGGGUAACCGUCUAGAUAUGUUAUGGAGAGAUGGUGACAUAAGAUAUGUCAAUAUCUUUCGCAAUUUAACCUCCCUGAAAAAUCUUGAUAUCUCCAGUAAUAACUUAAACUUCAUCCCUAAGGAGGUUUUUUCAGGUUUGCCGGAAUUGCUCUCUGAGUUCUAUUUAAGGAACAAUAAACUGAAAAGCUUCAGCUGGAAAUUGCUAAAUAAUCUGAGUAACUUGAAGGUCUUAGACCUUAGCGGGAACAUGAUAAAAACAGUUCCAGAUGAACUUUCCAGCUGCACCAAAACUCUCGUGAAACUAAUUUUACGAAGGAAUGAAAUAUCAACGCUUAGUCAGCAUUUCCUGAAGGGUGCCUUCAGCCUGAAAUAUCUGGACCUCAGCUUCAAUCAGAUUCAAUAUAUUGCACAAUCCACUUUCGGGGAUGAUACCGUUAGUAACCUCAGUGUUCUCCUCCUUCAUGGCAACAAGUUCAUGUGCACUUGCAAGGCAAUUUCAUUUGUCAUGUGGGUUAACCAUACUACAGUGAACAUCCCAAGACUGGCAACUGAUGUUACUUGUGCAGCACCUGGUACCCAAGCAGGCCAAAGCAUCAUCUUCCUGGACCUGCAGGCCUGCCAGCACAACUCACUCUCCAUUAUUUUGUAUAUCUUACUUACUUCUCUGGUCCUUGGCCUUCUCACUCUCUCUAUCUCGAGCCAUCUGUUCCUCUGGGAUGUAUGGUACAUUUACCACUUCUGCAUAGCCAAGCUCAAUGGCUACAAGCGUCUGUCCUCUCAAAGUGCCAUCUAUGAUGCCUUCAUAGUAUAUGACAUAAAAGACCCUGCUGUAUCUGACUGGGUACUACACGAGUUAAGGGUCCACCUAGAGGAGCGAGGACAGCCUUGUUUGCAGCUGUGCCUGGAGGAGCGUGACUGGAUGCCCGGCUGCCCAUUAAUUGAGAGCCUCUCCCAGAGCAUCCAGCAAAGCACAAGGACAGCAUUUGUCCUCACCAACAAGUUCCUGCAGAGUGGCACUUUCAAGACUGCUUUUUAUCUGGCCCACCAGCGCCUCCUGGAUGAGAAAGCGGAUGUCAUCAUUAUCAUUUUCCUUGAGAAGCCCUCUCGAUACUCCAAAUAUCUGAGACUGCGAAAAAGACUUUACAGGAAGUCAGUGCUGGAGUGGCCCACCAACCCUCAAGCACAACCUUACUUUUGGUUCCGGCUCAGGAGUGCACUGGCUGCAGAAAGUCAUAAACAAUACAGCCAACUUUUUCAAGAGACACUUUAG